AUGGCGCCCAGUUUCGACAACCUUUCCGAGCAGGACCUCCACGAGGAGGAGGAGGAGGAAGAGAUUGAUUUCUCUGAUCUCAAGGAGCAGUACGAGGUCAAACUUGAGGAGGGUCUGGAUACAUUUGUUGUGAUCGAUGGGCUGCCGGUCGUGCCCGGGGACAGCAGGCAGAAGCUCGUCAAAUUCUUGUUGAGGAAACUCACCAGUGUCGGCAACACCUCCGAAGAUGCGAUUUUCAUGCCCCUCAACGAUCAGAAUAUGUCCGAAGGAUUUGCCUUUGUUGAAUAUGACACCCCCGAACAAGCCGUUGCCGCCGUCAAGGCCCUCCACGGCACCCCCCUCGAUAAGAAGCACACACUGUCCGUCAACAAGCUGAUGGAUAUCGACCGGUAUGGCCGCGAGGGACGGGUCGAUGAGGAGUACAAGCCCCCUGCUGUGGAGCCAUUCAAAGAGAAGGAACACCUGCGCUCGUGGUUGGCGGACCCCAACGCUCGGGACCAGUUCGCUCUCUACCGUGGCGACAAGGUCGGUGUGUUCUGGAACAACAAGAGCAACGACCCGGAGAACGUGGUUGAUCGCGCCCACUGGACACAGCUCUUUGUGCAGUGGUCCCCGAAGGGCUCCUAUCUCGCAUCCGUCCACCCCCAGGGUGUUCAACUCUGGGGCGGUUCGGCUUUCUCAAAACAGAAGCAGUUCCCCCAUCCGUUCGUCCAGCUGAUUGAGUUCUCUCCCGGUGAGAACUACCUCACCACCUGGUCGGCACGACCUAUCCAGGUGGAAGAGGGCCAACCCAUCCUGACCUACGAGGAGGAUGGUAAGAACCUUAUCAUCUGGGACAUCACCACCGGCAAGCCCUUACGUUCUUUUGUGUCUCACGAUCUCGCUUCCGCACCUGCCGACGCCGCGGCGGAGAAGAAGAAGGUUCAGUGGCCCGCUUUCAAGUGGUCGGCUGAUGAGAAGUACGUUGCCAGAAUGCUCCAACACCAGUCUAUCUCCAUCUACGAGCUGCCCCGGAUGAAUCUGUUGGGCAAGACCUCGGUUAAGGUGGAGGGCGUGAUGGACUUUGAAUGGUCACCCGCCACCCCGAGCCGGGAGGGCGUCAAGCAGUACGAGCAGCUUCUCUGCUUCUGGACCCCUGAGAUCGGCAGCAACCCCGCCCGAGUGGCCAUGAUGAGCGUGCCGUCCAAGGAGAUUGUCCGAACCCGGAAUCUGUUCAACGUCUCCGACGUCAAGCUGCACUGGCAGUCGCAGGGUACCUAUGUCUGUGUGAAGGUGGAUCGCCACUCCAAGUCCAAGAAAUCCAUGGCGACCAACCUGGAGAUCUUCCGCGUCAGGGAGAAGGGCGUACCUGUUGAGGUUGUUGACAGCUUGAAGGAUACGGUGAUCAACUUUGCCUGGGAGCCCAACGGGGACCGUUUCGUCCUCAUCACCAACGGUGAAGCCCCCUCCGGCAGCGCCGUCCCGCCCAAGACGGCCGUCUCCUUCUUUGCUCCCGAGAAGAAGGGUCACCACCUUGGCAACUUCAAGUUGAUACGCACCAUCGAGAAGAAGACGAGCAACGCCAUCUACUGGUCGCCCAAGGGCCGUUUCGUCGUGGUGGCGACCGUUCACUCGCAGAGCAGCUUCGACCUCGACUUCUGGGACAUGGACUUUGAAGGCGAGAAGCCCGGGUCGGAGAAGGACCUGGCAGCCAACCUCCAGCUGAUGAAGACGGUUGAGCACUACGGUGUCACUGACAUUGACUGGGAUCCCACUGGCCGCUACGUAGUCAGCAGUGCUAGUGUGUGGACACACUCGAUGGAAAACGGUUGGAAUAUCCACACGUUCGCCGGUACCACCCUCGGUGAGCACCCGACAGAGAAGUUCAAGCAGUUCGUUUGGCGCCCUCGCCCGGUCACCUUCCUCAGCAAGGAGGAGCAGAAGCAGGUCCGCCGCAACCUCCGCGAGUACUCCAAGGAGUUCGAUGAGGAGGACAAGUACGCCGUCGACAUUGCCAACACCGCCGUGGUCGAGACUCGCAAGCGGGUACUCAGCGAAUGGACUGCCUGGAUCCGCCUCGAGAAGGAACUGCUUGCCGAGGACAAGGACAUCCUCGGUCUCCCCGAGGAGGCCGACGAAGCCAAGCUGGCCCAGGACGCGAGUGCCGUGUCCGCGCCGGCCGAGGGCGACACCGUGGUGGAGGAGAUUGUGGAGGAGAUCAUCGAAGAAACAGAAGAGGUUAUCAACUGA